AUGGCUCGAUUUUCCGAUAUACCAGUUGAGCUUCUUCUACAUGUUGUCCGUCUGCUGGGCACUUGGACGGAUCUCACCGCUGUCUUGGCAGUGAACCGGUACACGAAAAAAGUCGUCCAACCUUUCAUCCUCGACCAAUUAGCCAACACAGACCUCCUCUCUGUGUACUUGUCUUGGCUGAUUGAUAAUCAACAUGCCGACGCCGUGCAAGCAGUUUUGGACUUUGGCGCAGACCCAAAUGAAAUCCUCAGCCAACUGAAAACACGAUUGAUACUUGACGAGGCUUUCACAUCGUCAUCGUCGCCGUCGCCGGUAAUCACGUUGCAUUAUCGGCGAGCAGGCGGAUUGGAAGCCUCAUUGAAGGAGCCCGGUCAUUGUCGAGAGAAAGACGAUCCUGGUGAGGACGAUCUUGGUGAAGUCUCCAACGGUGUUGCCGCCCCCGGAAAACCAGGACUUUCACGACCAUGGAGGCUCCUUGAAUAUCUAUCGUUUUAUCGCGGCGCUGAUUUUUCUCCUCUUCAUCUUGCGGCUCAGAGAGGCAACGUUGAAAUCGUCGCAAACCUUCUUGGCCGUGGUGCCGAUGUGGAGUCCUUGUCCCUAGAUACCCUAGGGAGUGCUGCUAUGGCAAUGAGAAUCCUAUUCCCUGGCUUGCAGCAAGGUCAGAACACAGCCGAUCAAACACGACCAUAUGUAUACUUCACUCCCCUAUAUAUGGCUGCCAUUUCGGCAAAUAUCUCCGCGGCAAAGUGUCUUUUGGCUUCAGGUGCAUCGGCGAAAAGGUGCAUCGUACCGAAGCACAAUCUUUUGGUCUCUGGGUGGAUGGUGCCCACGACAAUAAUACACCUGGCUGCCUUCGUUGGUUCCUCGGAACUGGUCAAAUAUGUGGUUGAUAAUCGAUAUGACAGUGGGAUAAAUUCGAACGACGAGUCCGGCCUCAGUCCGCUGGCAUACGCCACCGUGAGCGGAAACUUAAGCACCGUGGGGCUAUACCUGCUCCAAAAAGGGGCUAACCCGAACGUUACCACCUCUCUUAAGUGCAGUUUACUGCUUGAGACCUGCUGGCAUGGGCGAUUUGGUGACGCACUGCUGUUACUCGACUAUGGGGUUGAGCUUGGGAAGUCACAAGAUCUUAUUGUGCCCGCUCUCCACGCAUGCUGUAGGACGAAUAAUGGCCCGUUGAGGAUGUCUAGUAAAUGGCAGAGUGACAUCCCAACAUCAUCUGACCGGCAUCUCCGAGCUCAAGUUGUCAAAAGACUCGUGGAAUCCGGUGCAGAUGUCAAUGAGCAGGUUCAGUUUCCUGGUCUGGGUCCCGAUACAACGACCCCUGUACUGCUCGCAGCCGAAUCCGGAUUGGUAGAUGUGGUUGCUGAACUGAUUGCUGCUGGCGCCAACGUUUCAGUUCCGAACGCCAUGCACCGCAAUGCCUUACUGGCGGCUAUGGGGGGACAUCAGGACUUGCUGUCCAAAUACGACACGAUCUCCUACCUCCUCGAACAGGGUUGUGACGUUAACGAGAGAACUGCCUGGGGUGGAACGCCACUUCAUUUACUUGGAACCAUGAGCACAAGGAAUUCACAUAGCUAUUGUGAUCACUGUGAGGAGAUGAUCGGCCGAGAGCUCAUCACACGGGGCACAGAUAUUCACGCCAGAACCACUCAGAGUCAACCAAUAACCGUCUUUCAAGUAUUUUGCAAACUCGGAUCCUACACGCUGUGCAAGGUAUUGGCAGACCUUGGUGCUGCAAAUUCAUUGAAACCUCAGGAGUUCAAAACCAUCUUUCGGAAACUGGUACAGAGUCGCUCUGUUCACCGUACAGAUACCGAGGCCAUCAAAAUGCUUGAUCUCUUACUGAGCCUGGAUCGAACCCGAUCGAUUUUGAAAGACGCUGAUUGCUUUGACUUUGCAGUUUUCAGCGGAGACACGAUAAUUGCACAGAUGCUGCUUGAAAGGAAUUGUUCGCUGGAGUCAAACGGCACUCAAAACUACCACUUCGUGUCCAGGGCAUGUCUAAUCGGAGCGGUCGAGGUUGUGGCGCUGCUUCUCGACCGUGGUGAAGACGCCAAUGAACCGCGGUCGCUCGACCUUCAAGGAAAAACCAGGUUCCAGACCCCUUUAGAAUGCGCCAUAAGGUACAGCCACGACCUGACUGGGUGCCUUCUCGAGCACCGGCAGAAGUCCUUCCAGCUGGUAAAGCUUCUUCUCGACCGCGGCGCGUUCCUUGGUGGUCAUGACCUUGUUCGCGCCGUAGUAAUGCAAUGUAUUGGGUCCGAUUUGUGGGAAAUACUAGACAUGCUGUUAGAACGCUGUGACGUUGGGAUACACUCAGAGAGCGAUAUCAGCGAAUAUCUGGCGGCUCUUUGUGAUUCCAAAGAACGAAGAUGUCAACCAGAACUGCUGCAAGUGUUCUUCAAGCAUUUCCUGAGGGCACCACGGACACUCAAAGUCAUGAAUGCGAACUUUCGCAACCGCUACAAUCAAACUCCCAUUUCCUGGCUGCUUUGCAGGUACGAGCCCUUACACUUCUGUCCAUACGAGGAUUGCAACUGCGGUGAACGUCUGCUGGACUGUAUCGUUGUUCUUAUGUCAGGCGGACAACUAUCAUAUGCGCGCUCGCAAGCAGCUGAAGUGGACGAGGUCCUCACGCAGUGGUGGGAUGACUUGAAGGGGGCUGUUCGCGAUGCUACUUUACAGAUGGGAGGACGCGUCACUGGAACAAGUCCUGGCGGGCGGGGCCGAAGUACCAGGCAUUGUAUAGAAUUCCUGAUGGACAGGCUGGGUUUAUCAAGCGCCGACAUCAGGAACGUGUCGACCCGGGCCACGUUCCUCAAUACAGUUCUAUAG